UACCACUCUCAUUCACGAGAAUCAUGUCUUCAGGUGUCGUGAACAUAUUCGUGGUCUCCCCUGAUACUCGAUCUGAAAGGCGACUCGAACUCCACACAACAAUCGGACAAUUAAAGGGAAAGCUGGAACUGAUUACGGGCAUUCCGGUUGCAAAUCAGUCUAUAUCUCUGUUAAAUUCGGAUAGCGACCCUACAAUCAUUGCGCAACUGUCCGAUGAUAGCAAGCCGCUGGGCUUUUACGGCGUUAGAAGCCUACAAGUAUUGAAAGUAGAUGAUUUGGACCCUUCGACAUCAUUUACGGGGCAAUUAACAGACACUUCAAAAGUAGACAAGUUCGAGCUAACGGAAGCAGAGUACGCAGCGCGACCAGAUACUGUAUUGGCAUAUAAGCAACGCCACCAAGUGGGUAGAUUUGCGCCUAAGGACGAAGUCAAGAUACAGUCCACUCCCGAAAUCAAUAUCCCUAUAGGCUCUCGAUGCGAAAUUGAAUCCUCAGAACCUGGGUUCAGUAAGCGAGGGACCGUACGUUUCGUUGGGCCAACAAAAUUUGGGUCUGGUGAAGGGAUAUGGGUAGGGGUAGAGUAUGAUGAGCCUUUUGGUAAGAAUGAUGGGUCAAUACAAGGGAAAAGAUAUUUUGAAUGCCGGCCAAAGUAUGGUAUUUUUGUACGACCAGAGAAGGUGCAAGUUGGUGAUUUCCCUGCUGAGGAAAUCGACUUUGACGAAGAAAUGUGAAUGUAUCCUUUAAAAGAAUAUUAUGUUACUGGCACCCCCUCGUGUCAGUGAUGGUUUCAAUCUGUC